GUAGUUGAUAGUUUGCAUGGUGAAGACAUGGCAGACAGUGUCAAAACCUUUCUUCAGGACCUUGCCAAAGGAAUCAAGGACUCCAUCUGGGGUAUCUGUACCAUCUCAAAGCUGGAUGCUCGAAUACAGCAAAAGAGAGAGGAACAGCGUCGAAGAAGGGCAAGUAGUGCCCUGGCUCAGAGGAGAGCCCAGAAUAUAGAGCCAGAAUUAGAGCGUGAUCCAGGUAUUUUUAGUAGAAUUUUCCAGUGCUGUGCUUGGAAUGGAGGAGUAUUCUGGCUUAGUCUCCUCUUGUUUUAUCAAGUGUUUAUUCCUAUACUUCAGUCUAUAACAGCAAAAAUUAUUGGUGAUCCAUCACUACAUGGAGAUGUUUGGUCAUGGCUGGAAUUCGUCCUCACAUCAAUUUUUAGUGUUCUUUGGGUGCUUCCACUGUUUGUGCUUAGCAAAGUUGUCAAUGCCAUUCGGUUCCAAGACAUAGCUGAUCUGGCAUUUGAGGUAUCAGGGAAGAAGCAACCAUUAUCUAGUUUCAGCAAAAUCAUUGCUGAUAUACUUUUCAACCUUUUGCUGCAGGUUCUUUUUCUUUUCCAGGGGAUGUUUGUGAGUCUCUUUCCCAUCCAUCUUGUUGGUCAGCUGGUUAGUCUCCUGCAUAUGUCCCUUCUGUAUUCACUAUACUGCUUUGAAUAUCGCUGGUUCAAUAAUGGAAUGGAGAUGCACCAGCGGCUGUCAAACAUAGAAAGGAAUUGGCCUUACUACUUUGGAUUUGGUUUACCCUUGGCUUUCCUCACAGCAAUGCAAUCCUCAUACAUUAUCAGUGGCUGCCUCUUCUCCAUCCUCUUUCCUUUAUUCAUUAUUAGUGCCAAUGAAGCAAAGACCCCUGGCAAAGCAUACCUUUUUCAGUUGCGCCUCUUCUCCUUGGUGGUCUUCUUAAGCAACAGACUUUUCCACAAGACGAUCUACCUGCAGUCUGCUCUGAGUAGCUCAACUUCUUCAGAGAAGUUUCCCUCACCACAUCCAUCUCCUGCUAAACUGAAGGCUGUUGCAGGCCACUGA